AUGAACGAAAGACCUUUAUCAGGAGGAGGAUGGGCACGAGGUGGCGCUUCCGAAGUUGUAAGAAGAGCGCACCCAGCGUCUGGAGCUCAAUGGAAUGUCCAAGUCGUGAGAGGAAAAGUGAAUGGAAAAUGUCUGUGGAACGCCUGUAAAGCUCUUAGUUUAGGCCUAUUGCUCAUGGUACUGGGUGCAGCUAUGGCCACUAUUGGGUAUUAUGCAGAAGAUUUAUCCAUUGCUCAAGAGGUGCGAGGGAAUCAUACCGUUAGGGUAAAAAAUGAAUCCCGAGGAUUUCACUUAAACAAUCUUUCUUAUGCAGGACCCAUAGUUAUGGGGGUCGGAGGCUUCAUUGUGGUGGCAGCUUGCGUGAUGACUUUUGAAGCUCGCGAUUCAGCAGCAAAAGUUGUGCCUGCUAGAUUUAAGUUAAGUACAACUGGCCCCCCGAGCGCAGUGUGCGCUCACGGAGGCUACAGUAGACACGGUUCCUUAAGAACUUCAGGAUCACAGACUGGCACUACCGUUCAACAUACGCAUCAACAUUCCCAUUAUCACUCAUCAACUACCGACAGGCGCGCGUUGACGCAGUCUUUCAUGCACUUUUCAAGGGGCCUUGCGUUAGAGACUCAACACAACAAAAAUAUGCUCAAAGUUCCACAGGGUUCUAUAAACAGAAGUCCAUCCGCUCCCGAUCUUAUUUUAGAACGUUCUGGAAGUGUUGAACAAACGUCGCCAACGCUAAACCGAAGUACGGUCAAUAAACCUAAUACAAAACCGAAGACUUUCGCGGCAUGCGCCUUGCUGAACCCAGGACUUUUGCACAGGCAUGCUCUGUCUGUUGACGAGACUGGUGCAAAUUUUAGGUUAAGCAACGAGUCAUUACAUCCCACUGGUAGCCAGGGGUCGAUGGCAAUGGACUUACAUCUAGAAUGUCCGGUCACUCUGAGAAUUAAGGACAGGCGAAGAAAUCCGCUAAGAAGGCAAAGGCGGGUGGAGGAGGACGUCAAUCAGUCCGGUGACGAAGGCUACAGGAGGACCUCCCAUUCGUGCUCGCCCAGAAUGCCAUCUCAGACUUUAAAAGAAACUACUAAAGGUGGCUCAGCUCAACAACUUCCCACUCACUUCUCCCACUGCCCGGUCAAGAGGCGUAGUUCAAACGCCUCUGACUGCACUCACAGAUCCAGGACAAGAAAAAGAGAGUGCUCUCAUGGCAGGGGACGUUUGGAAAGGGCUAUCAGUUCAGAUUCUAGACUAACAGGUGCCAUUCCCAAAUGUUACCACCACCACCACAAUACUUCCACUCAGAACUCGACAGAGCAGGAACCCGGAGGGUCCAGUUCCGACACGGAUAUACGUCGUACACCGCACACUGUCAUACAUUUUAGCCCACAUUAA